AUGCCUGCUGUCCCCUCGUCCUGCCAUUUCCUCUCCAACAAGUCGAUAUUUGUCAUUGGAGCUGGAAUUUCCGGCUCUGCCUUUGUUGCCAGUCUCAGAGCGAUCUGGGACCACGAGGUUGCUUUUCCUCAAGUUACUGUGUUCGAUCGCAAAUCACGAGAUCAUGAACGAUGCGGAGGCUAUAGCUUAUCUCUUGUUGGGCAUGACGUUUCAGGGGGCCUUGUCGCUCUGAGCAAGAUGGGGCUUCUCGACGACGUAUUGCGCAACGCUGUCGCUGGAGUGGACGGCGACGGUACUUUCAAACUGUGGUCAACUGAUUGGAAGGAACUCGCAGGGCGCCAACGCGCGCCAAUAAGUGGAAUGCCCACGUCCAGUGUACGCAUAUCUCGAAAUGAGGUCCGUCGAAUACUGCUCGAGGCCGCCCAACUGGAUAAGGAAGGCGCCGUUCAAUGGAACACUCGAUGUGUUUCCGUGUCAAAGCUGCCCACAGGUCGAAUGGCAUUGCAAAUCACUCGUUGCGAAGAUGAUGAGGCUAGAGUUAUGGAGUGUGAUCUCGUUGUUGUCGCGGAUGGAGCCAAUAGCAAGAUCCGCGCCCAAUUACGGCCGACCGAUCCGCUCGAAUACACGGGAGCCGUUAUGCGUACCGGCGUAUCAAGAUUUCCCGGGCCACUUCCCGAGCAGAUUGGAAGGAGUUGGGGCUUUGUGUUAUCCGGUACAGGCACGUCAUGCUUUGUGUCCCCUGUAGGAGAGAAAGAUCUGCAAUGGGCUGUUGGGCAUUUGGAAGACAAGACAUCAGGAGACAUUACCGAUCUUGAUGACGCAACCCAGACCAUUCAGAAAGCUGCAGAGCUUGGUUCAAAAAUCGAUGAGCCGUUCAAGACAAUCCUUUCACUGACUGAUCCAGCUACGGUGAUGCGCAUGAAUGCCCACGACAAGUUGCCGUUCCGGCAUUCCGGUUUUGAAAGUAUGCCGGUCAUCUUUAUUGGUGAUUGCAAUCACGCCCUCAGCCCCUUUGCCGGAUACGGCGCAAAUCUUGGGUUGAAUGAUGCAUGGGAUCUUGCAGAGCAACUCGUCAAAGGCAAGGUACUAGCGAAGGCGAUUGAAGCUUAUGAUGACAUUAGCUUUCCACGCGCAAACAAGAUUGUGACGCGUGCCCGAAAAAUAUUGCGGGCUGGCCAUAGCACUGGUUUGAGAUAUUUUGUUUUUCUCCUUGUGUUGGCCAUCUCCAGGACUCUGCAUCGGAUUUUGAAGAAAUGA